AUGGACCAUGAUGAGCAGGUUAGAAUGAUAACUGAGGAGGCAAAGUGUUCGUACAAUGUUGCGAAAAGUGCAUAUGCGGAGGCAAAUGGAGACAUUGAGCGGGCAGUGUCCAUCGCAAAGAAGAAGGGGAAUGUUGUGUAUUCAGGAGGAAGCAGUGGGCUUUAUGUUGAGGAAAAGCCAUCGGGGAAGUCAAUAACACAAUAUAAAAAUGGUGUUUUGGUGAAUAACAAGUUCUACGACUUUUCAAUUGAUGAUAAUAUCAGGCUCAAGCAAAUGCUUACCGAAGGGGCAUUUGACGCAUCCUUGCUGAAUGCUCAGGGAGAUACAGCCGAGGUUAUUUAUCAGGAAAGACUAAAUGAAGAGUAUUGUGAGCCACGCAAGGAGGCAUCUGCUGUUGGGACAGAACGCAAGCCUGGAUCUUCGUUUGUUGGUGAAGGUAGAAGAUUAGGAAGCUCAAAAAAAUAA